AUGGACGCGACGUACCUCACGCACGUUAUCGAGAGCGCUUGCGAAGGUGGAGGACACCUCCCCACCUUCGCCCUUCUCCCCACUCCCUCCCCAGGUCCGCCGCCACCGAGACGAUACCUAUCGCGGGUCUGCCAACUCGCUCCGGCCUUGCCGACACCUACGCACCACACGUGCUACCGCGCGAAGACAGAGGCCGCCGCCGGCACCCCUUCCACCCUUCUACCCCUAGCUACCACCCCUCGCCUUCCGCGAGGGCUCGAGGGAAGCCGACGAGCGCGCGAGCGCGUCGACUAUACUUGGCCGACGCCAAGCCUCGCGCACCUCGAUGAACAUGGGGGCGGUGCAAGUGCCCUCCCCCACCCCCACCCUUACCUCCUUCCCCCCAUCCCUAUCUUCCCCCAUGCCGAGCGGGCCUACGCGCGAAGUGCGGGUCGCAGCUCUCACUGA